AACGCGGUAAAGCGACGUGAAAGGACUUGGCACGUCCUGCGGACGUUAUUCCGGGGUAUCCCCCAGAAUCCGUGGCCCUCCGAUCUCUUACUCUAGUAUCGUUCUGGUACCAAGAUGCUGGACAUAUUUCGCGGCCUGAAGAGUCUCAUAAAAAUCUCGCACAUCCAUAUCGACAGCGCCGUUUUCCGCUUGCAUUACAGCCUGACUGUGAUCCUGCUGAUUGCGUUCUCUCUGAUUGUCACUACCCGCCAGUACGUCGGCAAUCCUAUCGACUGUAUACACAGCAAGGACCUGCCCGAGGACGUUUUAAACACUUACUGCUGGAUACACAGCACCUACACGAUCACCGCGGCGUACCGGAAGAGAGAGGGUUUGGAGGUACCCUUUCCCGGCGUCGACAAUUCCAAAUCGUAUCCCGAAUCCGAGCGAAAGGAGUACAAGUACUACCAGUGGGUGUGCUUCAUGCUGUUCCUGCAGGCGAUCCUCUUCUACACCCCGCGCUGGCUCUGGAAGGGCUGGGAGGGUGGCAAGAUUCAUGCCCUUAUGAUGGAUCUCGACAUCGGGCUCUGCUCCGAGGUGGAGAAAAAGCAAAAGAAGAAAAUGCUGCUCGACUACCUCUGGGAGAACCUUCGCUUUCACAAUUGGUGGGCUUACAGGUACUACCUAUGCGAGGUCCUCGCGCUCCUAAAUGUGAUCGGUCAGAUGUUUCUGAUGAACCGUUUCUUCGAUGGCGCCUUCUUGACCUUUGGCAUCGACGUACUUAGGUUCCUCGAGUCCGAUCAAGAAGACCGAGUAGACCCUAUGAUUUAUGUCUUUCCACGAAUGACCAAAUGCACCUUCUACAAGUACGGCGUCAGCGGAGAAGUCGAGAGACAUGACGCCGUCUGUAUACUGCCCCUGAAUGUCGUGAACGAGAAGAUCUAUGUCUUUCUGUGGUUCUGGUUCCUUUUCCUCGGCGUGCUCAGUUUCUUUACGGUUUUAUAUAGGAUCCUAAUAAUAUUUUCGCCACGCACGAGGGUCUACCUGUUGCGAAUGAGAUUUCGUUUGGUACGAAGGGACGCCGUAGAGACCAUAGUGCGUCGCAGUAAGGUUGGUGAUUGGUUUCUUCUCUACAUGCUGGGCGAGAAUUUGGACACCGUGAUAUACAGAGACGUGAUGCACGAAUUGGCGAACAAACUCGCCUCGAGGCAUCACCACGGCGUACCGGGAAUGAAGGGCGAGCUUCAAGAAGCCUGAUCGAGGUUGCCUCGGAGGGACGGUACGUUCAAUUCGCCGCUGC